CUUUGCCGGUCAAUACUCCACUAGCCGUUUACAGACUGGAUUUCUGUACACGGUCUCGACGACGAGCAGUCGCGCGCGUGUGUGUGCUCUAUCUCUGACACAUGUGUACUUGUGGCAGACAUUCCCCAUAAUCGCACGAUUUUGCCAAACCUUGCGACCCCACGCCGAGUGACCAGGGGGCGAUCGCCGCUGAUAUGCGGUUGUUACGCUUUCGACGUCACAUGGACGACCUGUAGACGCGACAUGAAGAAGAAAUCUUUGCUGCUUUCUUUUUGGAUAUUUUCGUUUACAGUCGCUUACUCAGAAUGCGUGAACGUACAUUUCGAAAACAAAGACGGAGGCUUCUUCCUGAAACAAUCUCCUCGUCAGCAUUUCAUGCCGGCACCGGAACUAAACGGUCCUUCCUCCACCAACGGCUCUCCUCUCUCGACCGAUCGCUUCACCGUGUUCCAAAGCUCGCAGCCUAUCUCAGUCCGCGCCACAUACGGCCCUUUCAGCACGAAACAGACCGUACCGGCGCGCUACGUCGUUCCGGACCCUCUGCCGCUCAACACAACAGGCCCUGCCAUCGACUUGCAAGACCUCGCCACGCACCACUUGGACAUGUCUGCCCACAUCGUCCGGAAUGAGAUCCCGCGGGACUCCCCCGUGCUCCGGGUGCUCUUCCACACCGGAACAGAUCCGGGCGGCCGCAGACAAAUUCUGUUAACACGCCACCACCAGCGCGUGUGUAUCGUGCUCCACGCCACUCUGGGCACCAAGCCGCCCCUCCACGCUGCCUGCAGCCCCGACGGAGAGGACGGCGUGUGUUUGGCGCAAAUUACGAUACCGUCUUCGUGGUGGCCCCCGUUGCCGAGUCCGGAUAAGGACGGAAGGCCGGGCAAAAUCACCAAAACGCCGCCAAGGCUUGUCCAAGUGGCGUAUUCAGUGAUGGAACCGAGGCCUGAAGAUGCGGAAGGUUGCCAUCCCAAAAUGCAAAUACAGCCGUCGACGGUGUUAGGCAGUGUGCCGCUUGUUCCGCCAAAAGGUGCCUACAAGGAGCUCAAACUGACAGAUGCUAUAACGAUGUUAUUGCCGCAUCCGCCGUUGUUUCCCAAGUCCAGGAUGCACGUACCGGUUUUUAUCGACAAGGAGAAGGCGAAAAUGCUAACAGCGAUUGUCAUAAGAGGGAGGGUGAAGAGCGGCGUCCGUUUGUUGGAGGCGGCAUCGGCAGGGGAUCCAGCGUGGAACAUGACAGUGGAUAUCAACCCACGCCACACCGGGGCUUCGGUCACUCUGGUACGCCGGGAGCCUCCGGAUUCGGAAAUUAGCAAUUCGGAGGGAGAAGUAACGGAGCUGUUUACGUGGCUGAUCGAGGUGGGCGAGGACGACUCGGAGCCCUACGAGGGCGCGAGGAUCGUGUGGACGGCGAAGUUCGAGCCCCAUCAGGACGAGGCGGACAACGGGGAGGUCCACCGGACGGAAGGCCGCAAAUCCACCACGAGAUUUGACGUCCAGAAGGACGACAUCCAGGCCGUGGUCCCCAUCAGCAAGAACUGGGAAGUACUAAACACUGCGGUUUUAACUGGUCGCCAGGUUUCUCAAGCAAUGAAAGUUUUUAUAGUGUCCCAAGCUGGAAAAGCUGCCGACGUCACGUUCCAGGCGUCGUGUCAUUCGGAGGACGACAGUGUGUUAAAGGUUUCCUCAUCGUGCAGCUCUGUUUACGUGGACGGAAGUGAGGCCCGCGGUUCCGUUAACGGUUCAGUUCUCGUAAAAUACGGCACUUAUAUUGGCCUCGCCCGCUUCACUGUCUGGAUGCCCGAAUUCCCCUUGGACCUCCAAGUGACCGACACGAGGCUGUCUCAGCUCAAGUCGUGGCGCGUCCCGGAUUACCAUCCCAGGUUAGUCCCGGAUAGCUUUCUUCCGACUUCAUUAAACUUUUACAGCGGUGUUAAAUCCCGCCGGAAGAAGCGAUCCUACGCCAGUAAUUGGGGAGGCUCUAAUCCCCCCGAUGACUUGGGGAAUGUGGUAGAAAAGCCGAUUUGCCGGCUGAGGUAUCAGCAGAGCCCAGUGGACGUUUAUGCCCACUUCAUGGCCGUGGACCACGACUCCGGAAGGAUCAGUUAUCUGAUCAAUCGGAGGACGUGGUUAAGGGUCACGGACUUGGUCUUGCCCUUGUUAAGGGUGAGCGACCCCCGGAUUGCAAGCCUGCACGGGAGGAUACUCCAAGGGCGCAGCAUGGGCCGGACCGAGGUGCAGGUUCUGAGCCCCAUCACGGGACGUGUCAUUGGAGCCAAGGAAAUCAGAGUCGGGAAUGACAAAGUGGGAUUAUCGCGGCUUCUGGUCCAAGUUGUCUCAGGAUUACAACUAAAUAUCUCGCCCGAUAGUUCGAUCGAAAACGGCUACAUAGCCGAGACAAGUGUUACAAGGAAAUUAACAGCUCAAUACCAGGAGGGCCUGCUUGACAUCGAGCUGGAAUUUUCCGAUGGGACUAGAACCCCACUCAGGGAUAUUGCAGACUCGGAUUAUCACCUCGUGGUCGAGAGUCUGGACCCAGAGGUGGUGGCGUUUGCCCCCAUGGUGGCGUCCCACCACCCACGCGUGAUAGCAGUGGGUGAAGGCAACGGAGACUUGCUACAAGUUACUCUAUUGUUAGCUGAAGAAUGUAGAACUAGCAAUAGGCCAAAAAUGAAGGGCGCUGGGCCUCUGGCCACUGCCUCAGCUUCGGUUACUGUAGACUUUACUUCAAGUGACUUACAACACAGGCCCGAUAUUUUACAGAAUGACGGGGGGUCGUAUGGGGGCUCCAAGAGGGAAUUUCAGGACCUCCAGGACAUUUUAAAAGGCACUCCUUUGAAAGACGACGACUCGCAGGAGCCCAACGUGCAGGCCCGCCAAUACCAAGGGGGCAAAGGGGUGCUGCGGCAGCACUCCCCCCAGCACAUGACGCCGCUCGAAAUCAGCAUGUACAUCCUCCUGGGCACGUUCUGCUGCGCCAUCGUUGUUUUCGUGGUAUCGUGCGUGGUCUACGCGUCCAAGUUCAAGGCGGAAGAAGGCGCGAUUGCUCCGGGUGAGAGGGCCGCUCCGGUGGCCCCCGGAAGCCUGGUAGUGCAUCGCAAACCUAGAGAAACCACGACAAACGCCCACGAUUGGGUCUGGCUAGGUCGUGCCACUUUGGACAGUUCGAAUCGAAAUUCCUCAGUUACGAACACAAACGGAAACGAAAUGAGAAUUACAGCGAAUCCGCUCAAUUUGAAUUAUUGCGAUCCGGAUGAUUGUCUAGCGACGAGUUUUAGUAAUCCUAGUCAUAUCGAGCUGCCGAGCUCGUCGCAGGCCGAUAUUAAUUCCAAUAGGCCGAUCGAUAGCAACACCUAUUGCAAGAGCAAGAGUGGAGGCAGCAACAAUGAGGAUCUACAAGUGUGGAACAAACCAACGCCGCCUCCACCGCUCCCCCCGCACGGCGUGCCCCUCCAGCCGAAGCCCCCGCAGCCGGUGGAGGACUACCGGCCCCCUGUUCCGCCCCAUCGCAACAUUGGAGUGACUUCCGAAGCCACCCCUCCCCGCAAGCAUCACCACCACCACCAUCACAGGAACAGCAAACACCAAGACAAGCACCACCACGACUACGGAUGGGCCGUCAACGGCUGGUCCAAGGACCAGGAGGAGGAAGACGAAGACUUAGUAAUGACAGCGAGCCAGGAACCCAUGCGCAGCGUGUUCGAGUUCGACGACGAGCCUCCGAAGGAGGAAGAGAAGCCGGAAGAGGUGAAGCUGCGGAGCAAGCCCCCGAAGCCCGACGAGGAGGAGGUCCAGUUCGUGCAGUACCCGAAGUCGCCGAACGCGAACGGAAACGGGCGCAGCAGCGCGGAGGUGAAGCGCGCCACCAUUGUGGGGAACCCCAUGUUCAGCAGCGCGGACGCGCCCCCUUCCGGCGACCUGCCGGGGCUCGACGACCUGCAGCUGGACAUGGACUACGACCAGAUCAUGCACUAUUUCGAUAAUCUGAAGGAAUCAAACGCCUGAGUAGAGGAGAUCAUUGCAAAAAUCCGAGACAUUUUAUUGUCGUUCAGUGAGCAAUACCGCGCUAGCGCACUCAACGGCAACGUCAGCCCGAACCACGUGAUGAAUAUUAACCAAAGUUUCGAUUACUUCUUUGACCAUCUGAGUGAGUCGUACGCUUAAUAUACACCUCGACUAGGGUCAAUUAAGAAUAGAGAGCCUUCGCCUUCUUCUAAUCGUAUCAAUAUGUAUACCCGUACUAAUACAUGCAAUCUGCAAGACUGAAUAUUUAGCUUGUUAUUUAGUUGAACAACGGUUGUGGCCUAAACACCAUUCGCCCGCUGGAGCGUUGGUUUCCAGGCCACAACACCUUGUCUUUAUCUACUACCUAGUGUUAGUCGAUUCAUGUGUAGGACCUAGUGUUAACGCAAUAUUGUUUCCCGGGUGCAACAUCGAAACGACUAUGAAAUGUUUGGAGGAGGUUUGCAGUGAUCUGAAAUGUAAUAAUCUAGUCAAAACUGUUUAGCUUUAUUUAAAGUAUUUUGUACGAAACAAUGCCAUACUUAAUGUAUAAGCACAAAUAUGGUUCCUGAUGUUACUUUGUGUUUGAAACACAUUUGGUUAAUUUAUCGAAGCGAGACGCUGUUUUCUUUUAUUAUUUCACGAGUUCGAAUUGUGUACAGUUUUGUAUAAUUGUGUAAAUAGUAGAUUGUAUAUUCCCCGAGGGGUUUUACGUUGAUAGUAUUAUAUUUUUCAAAGUGGGGUAUGUUUUUUUAAUGCAUGGAUACUCGUUUUAGUGUAAAUAAAUAGACUGCUUUGAAGAGUAUAAGUAAGCUGUAGACGAUUUAUCGGUUCUAGUCCACCUCUACUAAGCGCAAAAUUUCAAUGUUUAGGAAGAACGCUUCAGACUUCUAGCACUAUGGCAAGCUUCUAGGUAAUCUAGUACAUGUUUCCAGUUUUCGUACGGGUGCUCACUUUUUUUGAGAUCAUCUUCCAUGACACUACAGUAUUAGUAAGGUUUCUUGUUUGUGUUCACUCUACCGAGGGUAUAUAUUCUUUUCGCUUAUGAAUGUAUAUAUUAAUAUAAAAAGUUAUUAUUGUUAAUGGACAUAAAAUGUUAGAACUUCCCUUGAGAAUAUUGUGCUUUCUAAAUAAAACAAACCUAAGUGUUUAUUAACAUCGUAGUUUCGAAGCUGUAUUCACGUUUAGUGCAUUUUAUACAUAACAUUCCCUCCUGCGCUAGCUUGUUUUAGGUAUAGAAUUUUGUAUAAAACCGACUUUUAGUUUUAUUUGACCGAACCAAAGCCACGAUCGAUUUAUGAGUGAUUAACAUAUCAGAAAUUGUUUACCCGAACUUCCAACUGGUUACACACACCCUUCUGUUUAUUUCGUUUAGUUGUUAAGCAGAACUGUAUGUCAUCUGUAUUGAUAACUUGGUGUAAAUUGAGACAACUGAUAUAUGUACAAGUACAAUAUGUAAGUUACCAUACAAAUCAGUAAAAUAAAGUAUUUGUAAUGUG